ACAUCAACUCCAAGCAGUCCUUCCAUUAAAACUGAUUUAGGUGUUAAUAAUAAAUUUAGUUAUUAUUUGAGACAUUGGUACAUUCGUUAAGUUAAAAUUAAGUUAAUUGGUUAAUUGUUACAAUACACUUAUUUUUUCUUAUGGCACCAGCUGAAGAAAACGAAAGAGAUAGCGGAAUGGAAUCCCAAGAAGGUUCUCAAUCUCAAGAACCAGAGGAAAAUGUUACCCAUACGAGCCAAUCUGUUUCUGGAGAAAAGAAAAGACCUGAAAUUGAAGACAGUUACGAUGACGAGCCUGAUGAAUCCUUAUGCGAAAGAUUAUGGGGUCUUACAGAAAUGUUUCCAGAGUCUUUAAGAAAUUUCACUUGGUCUACAGUUGUGAACACUAAAGAAGGCAUCAAAUUUGCUUACAGUUUUUCAAGGAGUGCAACAUGGGUAGUUUUUAGCACAUCUAUUAUACUUUUUGCACCUAUCAUAUUUGAGGUGGAGAGAGCUCAAAUGGAAGAAAUGCAAAAGAAUCAACAAAAACAAAUAUUAUUAGGACCUAAUUCAGCAAUAUCAGGGGGAGUGCCUCCACCCAUCAUGCCCCCCAUGCCACAGCAGAAGAGUUGAGAUACAUAGUUGUUAUUAAAGCAUUCACUUAAAAUUGACUGUAUAUUAUCUUUUAAAGAUUAUGUAAUUUCAAUCUGUUGUCUAAUGCAUUUGCAGAUUGUUACUCAUAGAAUAAUAUUGUAGAGACAUGUUUUAUAGUUUGCAAAAUUAUUUGUGAUACAGGGAUGGUUACUUACAAUAGUACAUUACAGAUUUUGUGAAUUACAUAAAAUAUGUUAUUAGU